GUUCUGUUGAGGUUCGUGGGGAAGGAUUUUUAUAUCGGACUCGGUUGUUGCUUACAUUUUUGUGAACAGGAACUACACUGCAGGUGGAGGGAUGAGUCUCUCCCCUGUGAUUGGCACUGAAGUGCCAGAAACAGCUAACGGGGUUGUGACACCCGUCUCUUCAGAGAACGGCCCUCAUGUCCCAGUUCCGGGGAAAUAUGGGGGGAGCAGAGUACCUUGUCCUGGAGAGGAUUCAGAGGACAGAACCCUUGAAUACACAGAGAACCACAUAGAUGUGGAAAACAGAGUUUACGAUGGCGAAGGCUGCUUGGACACAGAGACGUACAAUAAUGGGAGAACGUCUAGUUUAUCAUUACACACCUCUAAUGUGACAGACCCCUCCCUCCCUGCUGCCACAUGCACAGGAGACUCAGAGGACUCAGAAUCAGGCUCCAAAGACACAGACAUUCACGAGGCCUCUUACACCGUUGAGCCUCCUGGUGAAGCUCUGCUGUGGGACCCAGCACAGCAAGCACACACCAAAGAGUCAUCUCAGCGAGGAGGUCCUGCCACCACAGACAGACAGCAUACAGAGACUGUAGAUGCAGACACCGACAGCAGAGAGGAAGAGGAAGAUGGAGAGAAGGAGAAACAGGAUGAGGAGGAUGAUGAGAAAAAUGAAAAGAAGUGGAUCAGUCAGCGUGCAGGAGGGAGAACAGAGGUGGAGUCUUCACGACACUACUCCUCCUCAGCCCCUGGUCCCAGCACUUCGUCCUCUUCCUCUCCUCCACCUCCUCUUCUUCCCUCAGACGACAUCCCCUGCCCUCCCCACGUCAUGGCCCAGGUCUGGGUACGCAACGUCCGGGGAAUGCAGGACAGCAAGAGUCUAGAUGAAAUCAGCCAAGCAUGUGGAGGUGGUUCGGGAGCCCGGGGAGGCGGCAGAGGUGGCCAAUCAGAGGGUCGACGGGCCACAAUUUCCUCAGCUCUGGAACUGGAGGGGACGGUCAGCCAUGAGGGCGACCUGACCAACUUCAUCACCAAGAACUUGGAGCAGAAAAUCAAGAUGAGCUCCAAGCCUAGUCUGGACUGCAGUGACUCGGACUGUUCGGGUCCCAUCUACCGAAGCCGGGGGUUGUCACGGAGACCUGCAGACAUUCCUCCCAUUGAUCCAGCUGUCCUGUUGGAUCUUCAGAGACACACACAGGAAGUGGCGCACAGUGUGGAGAUGAUGAUGCGGAGCCUCAAUGGAACCAUCCAGAAUAUGACGGCCCUGAGUGUGGGCUACAUCCAGACGUACAGAGACUCUGUUGACAGCCUGGGAGAGUCUGUGGACAUGAGUAUAAAGGGCAUGUACACUCUGAUGGCUCGCUGCGAGGAGUUGGAUCGUUCCAUGCAGCCCAUACACACCCUGGCUGCACAGAUCCGUGACAUCAAACGCACCCUGGAUGCUCUGGAGGCGAUCUGCAAGUAACCCCAACGGUCCGGUACAAAUACACACCCAGCUGCAAAGAUCCAACAUCAAACACAUCCUGAAAGAGGCUGUCUGCAAGUAAACCCACCUUUCUGCAGGUAGCACACACACACUGCAGCAAAGUUUAACGCACCUCUGGAAUUCUAGAACUAUUGCUACUAGGCAUGCUGGAUGAUUGGCGCUCUUAAGUCCCUCCGCUUAUUCAUCAUAUGAAGAUUUGAAGACCAUGUUUGUGUUGUGAGAUUUCAUCUGAAUUGCGCGUGAUGUGCUCUCGGAGCUGAGCUUUUUGCUUUUUUUUUUUUUUUUUGAAAAGCACUCUCACUUCCUCUAAUGAAGUUGUCGUGAAACAAAAUCUCACAAAUUAACCAGUUUUGGAGACACUUGAUCAAGUGCCCCAAACAAACACACGCACACACACACAGAAAAAACAGAUCCUUCAGCACGUGUUGGUAGAUGGCGCCUUUUCCCAGUCGGAGGAGGAACAGUGUGUCAUUAUCCGUCCAGCCUGCUUUGUUCAGAUUGCACUAAUGCUUCUCCCCACAUGGGGGCGAUGUUUCUCUCUCUCUGUCUCUUCUGUCAUGGAGAGGCCAGUCUGAACUGCUCAGACGACAGUGACUCUUGCACAGGAACAGACAGUCUAUUUUUUAAUCUUAUGCAACAAAGAUCAGAUUCUUUCACUGCAGGCUAAAUGACUGUCUGUUUGUCUUUUUUAAUGUUUAUUUAUUCAGUUCUCUCAGCAUGCUUUUUCAGCUACUCUGUGUCACUGGGAACUGACCAGUACAGCCAGAUUUCUUUCUACUGGUGGCCACUGAUCUGCUCCACUGGAGCAUUUGGAGUUUAAGCUCAAAUGCUGCGUGAAGGUAGUUGUUGAAGAUUAUGAAAGUUUUUCACUCUGACUUCUCAGACUGUUUACCAAUUCAAAACUGGCAACCUUUAAAUCAAAUGUCUGCUUCUCUACUUUAAAGCUCCCACCAGCCGUGUGUCAUUGGGCCUAAAGCCUCACUUUCCUUCUCUGUGUCACUGCAUCCAAAGUAUUUUGAGAACAUAAAAAUAUCUUAUGAAACCCACACAGUGGCUUUACACAUUUGAAAAGCAAGGCUGAUAAAUUCAGCCAACUUGAAUAUUUUUCAUGAAAUCUGAAGUCAUUGAAUAUCUCUUAAUGUUCAGGCAUGUAAGUAGCUCAGAAACGGCUCUGAGUGUCAUUAACUGGAUCGUGUUGUUUCAGUUUUGAUGCAGCCAAUUAAAAAAAAAAUCUAUAUGUAUUAUUAGAAGAGCUCAGUUUCAAAACAAAACUUUCAGUCAUGUAUAAAUUAGAUUUAGAUUUGGAUAUAAUUGUAAAUUCUACUCUUAUCAAAUGGUGGACGCCUUCAUUUGGAGCAAAACUACAUUUAUUCUGCUUUGACUACAUUCAUAUUUAAAUCUUGAGGGGGGAAAACUCAGAAAAUGAAAUUCAAAUCAGUUGCGGUUUGCUUCUGAUUGUACUAAACAGUCACAAAGAAACAACAGUUAAAUUUCUGCGCAGCAUGUCUGCGCUUUUGUUUUCUUCAACAUUGAAGAGAUUGGACACUUCGACAAAGGAGGAUUUAAUCUGGGAAACAUCGAUGGAGUCGGGACACGGCCUUCACUUGUGAACUAACGUGGACUAGUAUCACAUUCAGCUGAAGUGAGUAUUUAUUAAUUUACUCUGAUAAAAACCACUGAACAACCGCAGCACUGUCUGUCUCUUGCUCUACCAACAUAAUGCCAUUUGCUCUCAUGGAGCACUGUACUUGGUUUAAUGAAGAGACUGGAUGUCUGUCAUUGCACUGGUGUAGUAGAUCAUUGUAUGUGUACUAGAUUUUCGCACUAAUACUCGUACAUGUACCUAUUACUGAUGGAUUUUGGGAUAUUUCAUUAACGAGACAGAGCAAUACUGCACAAAAAGUAGGUACGCAUUGUAAUCUUGAUUCUGAAUUGUUGUCCGAACUGUCUCCAACACGCACCUGUUAAUGUGUUUUCACCUCUGUGGGAAAAGAUGUUAAUGGCUUCACCAAAAGCUCAGACUGCAUUCUGUGUAAAAAUCUGCUCUUUGUCUCCUUGUCCCUUUCCUCAACCUUUUUGGCAAAAGUUUGUGAAAAUUGUUGGGGAAACAUCAAAUGGGAAUCAUUAAAAAGCUUAAUUUAAAGAACAUAACGGUCCAGGUUCAAUUGAUUAUGCUGAAAUUUACUCCAAACGUGUUUGUUAUUGUAAAGAUGUAAAUGCUCUUUUGCAGAUGUAAAUGUCCAGAGAGCAGACAUUUGGGAGUCUUAGAUUUUGGAGGUGAGAAAGGAUCCUUGAGAUGGGAGAUAUGGGAGCAAAUGUCAUUGUUCAUAGCAUAAAAUGUAUGAUUAAUUAAUUUUCUGUUGUACAAUCAGAUGCACCUGUGUAGAUACGAUCUCUUUCUGUAACUAAAAUGAUUUAGAUACCCUUCGUCUUGAGUGUAUAUUUUAAUGAAAAAUAACAAAUACAUUUACAUGAG